CACAAUAAGAUUUGCAAGAUUUGAGUAAAAGAAAAACCUGCCCGAUUAUAUUUUAUAUUUGCACUGACUAAUCAAAAAGACUAUCUUAAAUCUAGAAGUUAUCACAAAAAAAUAUUACGUUUAUUUAAAAGAAAACAUAAAAAGCAUUUGUAGAAAAUUUAUAUAGGGUAAUGAGUUGUGCAUGUCAGCAGUUGAAAAUAUAUAGUUUUUUUAAAAUAAUACGUAAUGUUUAAUGCAUUAAAUCUGAAGUGCAAUGAAAAGGUAAGGAAGUGGAGCGCCACAAAACAAAGUUUGAGUUGGCCUUUUGAGGCUUAAGACACACAGAUAACGCGAUUACUCCCGUAAACCCUGAAAAAGUCUUCCCAUUUAAAUACAUUUCUAAAAAGACGUGGUUUUAAGACUAAAAACGAUUAGAAAAAGGUAUUUUAUAAGUAUUCAAGGUCUGCAUAAAUUGAUAUUUUGAGUGGAUGAUGAUCCACCUUCAAGUAUGCGUGAAUAGCAACAUCAUAAAUACGUGUUCAAAGAAAAAAAGCAACAUCAUAAAUAUUACUAAAACGUGAGGAAAUAGUCUUGGAUGAUCACUAUUACUUUAAUGAAUAGUCGGUUGGAUUAAUGGGAGAGAGGUCAAAUUACAACCCCUAUAAGUAUACUCCUCUUCUUUCACCAUAUGGACACUGUGUAAUUAAGUCUCAAAUUACAUACACUUAAUACAUAAAUCACUUGGCCACGUUACAACUUACAAGUUAAGACCUGUCCGCAUUAUCUUUGUAAGUGUAUACAUUCUUUUGACUUUAAAACCCUCCUUGCAUUGCAUCAUCUCCCUCUGUGCAAGCAUCUGCAUCUUCUUCUUAGUCUCAGGUUCUCUUUUUUGUCAUUUUUGUGUCUACGUGUUUGCGAAUUCUCAUGAUUUUUUCUAAACAGUUACACUAUCCUUUUUUGUAUUGUUUGUCUUCUUUUCCCAUUGUCUCAUAUUGACUGUUUCUUGUGUGUUUCCAGCUUUGCUUAGGGUCCAUCGAUUUUGCAGCAAUGGAUUAUGAACUGGUUCGUUCCAAGAAGAGUAUGAAAAACAACAAGUGGCUCGAGCAUAAUCUCGAAGAUAUGGACAGGAGCGUGAAAAAGAUGGUUAAGUUGAUAGAAGAGGAUGCAGAUUCGCUUGCCAAGAAGGCAGAGAUGUAUUACCAAAAGAGACCAGAACUCAUCAGCCUGGUCGAUGAGUUUCACCGUAUGUACCGUUCUCUAGCCGAGCGUUACGAUGACCUCUCCUCCUCUGACCUCACUACUGAGCUCAAUAACAAUAGGUUAGGCCGUCCUCCUUCCCGCCGCGCUCCUGGUUUUGACUACUUCCUUGGCAAUAACGGAGGAGGAGGCCUUCCCUCUGAUCUUUACCACAAAGAUGUAGAUGAUGUUGCUUCCGUUACCGACUCCGAACAGGAAUGGGAUGACUCCUCUUCCCUGGCUAGUUACCCCGGUUACGUGAGCGUUGGUUCAGACUUUCAGUCCCUGACCAAGAGGGUCGCUGACCUCGAGAUCGAUCUGCGUGAAGCCAAAGAGAGACUCAGGAUGCAACUCGAAGGAAACACUGAUGGCUUCUCAUUGACAAGGGUGAAGAGUGAGAGUAAGUUUGUUGAUUAUCCAGCGAAACUCGCUGCUUGUGAGCAAGAGCUGAGAGAUGCAAACGAGAAGAUACUCAACUCAGAAGACCAGAUCUUCAUGUUGAAGAACCAGCUCGCUAGAUACUUGCCAUCUGUGUUGGAUGAUGAGAAUGGCAGUGAAGGAGCAGAUUCAACACAAGAGAUGGACGUUGAGAGUUUGUCUGAAGAGCUGAGAAUCGCAAGCCUGAGGCUUAGGGAGGCGGAGAGAGAGAACGGCAUGAUGAGAAGAGAAGUUGAGAAGAGCAAGUCUGAUGAGUUAAGGCUCAAGAGCCUCCAGAACAUGCUCGAGUCGGCGCAGAAAGAAGCUGCAGCGUGGAAGAGCAAGUCUACUGCGGAUAGAAGAGAGGUGGUGAAGCUGCACGACAGAGUCUCCAUGUUGAAACAUAGUUUAGCAGGUAGAGAUCAUGAGCUCAGGGAUCUGAAGACGGCUCUCUCUGACGCAGAAGAGAAGAUAUUCCCUGAGAAGGCGCAGUUCAAAGAAGAGAUAGCCAGCCUCUUGGAGGAAAAGGCAAACCGAGACGAGCAGUUCAGUGAACUGGAAGCGCAAGUGCGUUAUCUCGAAGAGGAGAUAAGAAGAGUGACUAAUGAGAAAACGGAAGAGGAGGAGAGGCUCAAGGGAGAAAUCGAGGUGCUGACAAUGGAAAAGGCAGUGAAAGAGAUAUGCAUAGAGACGGUAAGCAACAAGGUGAGUAAGCUUGAAUCAGAGAUGCUUCUGCUUGAAUAUGAAAUGAAAGCAAAAGACAGUAAGACAAUGGAGAUGGAGGAGGAGGUGGAGAAGCUGAGGAGUGAGCUAGAAGAAGUAGCAGAAGAGAAGAGGGAAGUGAUAAGGCAACUUUGUUUCUCACUGGACUACUCCAAAGACGAGUGUAAGAGACUACACACUACGCCUAUUCAGGGCAUCGACCACUAAGAUCUUCCUCGAUUUUUCGCUUUUUUGAUUCUGAUGUAUAGCAUCUAUGUACUUUAUAACUUUGUUUGUGUUACUCUUUCACAGAAAGAGCUGUUUUUGGUUUGUUUGUUUAAUGAAAAGAAAAAUAAAAAUCAAAAGAUUUAGGAACAGUUUGUGUUUGACAUUAGAUAUGGCAUUAUCUAGUUUACAAACACUACUGUAGAUGACUUUUGGUGCAUUAUAUAAAUAAGAAGAGUUUCUUUAACUUAUUUAGAACAAUCAACAUGAGUAGUGUGGGUGUGGGUGUGCUCUGUACAGCUAACAACCCAGAAGAGAGUGCUUACUUGAGAAGCUCACCGCCCUCCAAAAAUCAAACUUCACCAGGAAGCAUGGUAUCUAC